UAGCAUUCCGGCUUAGGCAAAUCUACACGAAAGCUGACCACCCUCAGUUGGUUGAGCCUCAGAAGAACCUUUUUGUAAGUUGCUCACUGGUCGGAGAUUACAGUCUUUAUGCUAUGGCGUGAGUAUCACUGCACCCUACGUGGACCAAUGUCAUCGAGAGUCAUUAUCCGCCUCGUGUAUAAGCGGUUGCCCGUCCUGUUCGGAUAAACACCUGAGCUCUAUCUCAAUACUACACUCGAAAGCAGGAAUGCCGCGCAACUUCGAUGACUAUGAGCUAAGUCAGUUGCAACCGGAGUCGCAGACCUUACUCCUUCCACACCCCCCACAAGAUGAUGCAGCAUGUGCGACAGAGGACAAUCGUUUCGGCCGUAUUGUUCAUCUUCGGAAGUGGUUGCCAGAAGUCGAUCCGCACACUGAUACGCGCUGGUCUAAACGUCUCACGGACAGAGAUGUUGGCUUACUUCUCAUACAAGGCCUGUCUGUCCUAAUUCUGUCGCUUAAUCUGGCUCUGACGGUUUGGGCGGCUGUGCAGCAUGGUGUCAAGGAGAAUAUCAGCGACAUUCUCGGGGCUGGUGGUGGGGAUGAUUGUGCACGGGUCAAAGACUGGAACAAAUGGCUUCAUGUUGGAAUCAACGUUCUCUCUACUCUGCUACUGGCUGCUAGUAAUUACUGUGCUCAGCUCCUAGUCGCACCUACCAGAGAAAUGGUUGAUAAGGCACAUACGAAAGGAAGGUGGUUCGAUAUCGGCAUUCAAAGUUUUAGGAAUCUGAGGAGGGUUCCAGCACAGCAGAAAACACUGUGGUUCUUGUUGAUGUUGAGUUCGGGGCUAUUGCAUUUGUUUUGGAACUCCGCAGUCUUUGCUACAACUCCAUUCAGUACUUAUUCGACAGGAUACGUGACUACAGACUAUUUGGACGAUCCAAAUCCUUGGCUCUUCGUCGACAGUCCAGAUCUCGACUUCAUAAGACAGAAUGCACUACGCCUUCCAAAAUUGGACAACAAGGAAUGCAUCGCUAGAUACGCUGGAAGAUUGGCUGGCCUCAGUAGCUUGUUGCUGGUCAGUGCUAAUGUGACCAUGAACGACCAAUUGUCGUACGAACACAGCAACAAACGCUCGUCUUUCUUAUGGAACGGUACCACAGUCGAAUCGGCGAUAUACUGGCGCAUGAACAGUGACUGGAUGUGUAAUAAGUGGAACUUAGCAACUCGCGUCAGCUGUACACCAAAGACUAUGAAGUCUCCUUAUGAAGAUACUUGGACAUUGGUUAGAUUCCAAUUCGACGGAAACCUCAAAGAUGACCCAAGCGACGAUGUGUGGACUAAAGUGGACCAUUGCCUCCCACGAGAUGAGCUGCAGAAUAUGGACGACAAGUGCAUGUUGCGUGUAAGCAAGGUGAUCUUGAGCAUAGUCACUGUACUGAAUCUGGUAAAGUGCAUCUGCAUCGCACUCACAAUUCGUCUGCACAAUCGAAUCGGUAUCAACCCCCGGUACCUGUCUGGCUCAAAAGAAAAACGAGGAUUUAUCGCACAGACCUUCACAAGGGCUGUACAAGUUAUCUUUCAACCAAAGGAGACCUCUACAGUUGGCAAAUCGCUCUACCUUGUUACGCUUGGUGAUGCAAUGGCGAGUUUUCUACGGAAGCAUGACGAAACUACAGAUACGUGCGGCCUUGCCAGUAAACGAGACUUUGUAAAAGAAUGGCCUUUGAACAUUCCGAGCGCCUCGCCUACUUCGGUCCGCUGGUUUCGCGCAGCGAGUCUAAGUCGUUGGGUGUUGACCAUAUCAUCAUGUGCAAUCACAAUCGGAACCGUGGGCUUUCUGCUCCACAUGACCAUAGUCUCCCAACAAGCUCAAGGCGUAGACACAGAUGUUAUGUCACUUGGAAGUUAUGGCCUAGGUACACCGCAACAGUUUGCUACAGCACUAACGGGUAUCACUGGCCGACUCGGUCCAACCAAGGGCUUCUUCUUCGCAGUACUCUUCGCCAACAUGUUCCAAGCUAUCGUCAGCGCGCUUUACCUUCUCGUCAAUAACUUGCUAACAGUUAUGCUCGUAGCAGCAGAAUGGAACAAGUACACCUCGAGGCGCAAGGCAUUAAGAGUGUCUACACCAAGAGGGAUACAACGCUCUUCGUUCUUUCUCUCUCUUCCUUACAGAUAUUCUGGCACUCUAAUGGCUCUCUCUGGUCUUUUACACUUCUUCAUUUCCCAGAGCGUAUUCGUUGUGCAAACAGUCGCGUAUGUGCCUAAAUAUGAGCCACGAAAAACCUUCGAACGAGCUCCAGACAUGGAUGGGUCUUGCAUUGGAUUCUCCAGCUUGGGUAUCAUUCUUGCGCUAGGAAGUGGAAGUGUGCUUGUUCUAUACCUACUUUUUGUUGGCUUCACUUUCAAGUACAAGGUGUCGACAAGGAGGAAAGGUCGAGGGGACGAGCCAUGUCCUAUGCCGUUGGUGAGCACGUGCAGUGCUGCGAUCAGCGCGAACUGUCACGCGCACCCAGACGACAAAGACUGUGCUUUCCUGCCGCUGCAGUGGGCUUACGUGAGAGACGGAAACGACGCGAGUGGAGGACGAUGCACUUUCACGACGGACAUAAGCGUAUAGGCUUACUCUCGAGAUAUCAGAAACUUAUUGGGGAGGAAUCUACAAUGAGGAAAUCGAUUAGAUGACAAUACUGUAUUCCAGAGCAUACUCAAGAUAUUGUGAACAACAUUCCUCGCCCAAAGAUUCAAGUGAAUCACACAA